GGCCCCGGCCCCGGCCCCGGCCCCGGCCCCCGCGCCGCGGACAUGCCCGGACUCCAGAGGAUUCUCACCGUUACCAUUCUGGCUGUCUGUCUUCUGAGCCCUGGGAAGGCACAGCAACAAUGCACUAAUGGCUUCGAUCUGGACCGCUCGUCAGGACAGUGUUUAGAUAUUGAUGAAUGCCGGACCAUCCCUGAGGCCUGCCGAGGAGACAUGAUGUGUGUUAACCAAAACGGCGGGUAUUUAUGCAUCCCCCGGACAAACCCAGUGUACCGAGGGCCCUACUCGAACCCCUACUCAAACCCAUACACGGGUCCGUACCCAGCAGCGGCCCCACCACUAUCAGCUCCAAACUACCCCACCAUUUCGAGGCCUCUCAUAUGCCGCUUUGGAUACCAGAUGGAUGAGAGCAACCAGUGUGUGGAUGUGGACGAGUGUGCAACGGAUUCUCACCAGUGCAACCCUACCCAGAUUUGCAUCAACACAGAAGGAGGCUACACCUGCUCCUGCACCGAUGGCUACUGGCUUCUGGAGGGCCAGUGCUUAGACAUUGAUGAAUGUCGCUACGGCUACUGCCAGCAACUGUGUGCAAAUGUUCCUGGAUCCUAUUCCUGUACGUGCAACCCUGGCUUUACCCUCAACGAGGAUGGAAGGUCUUGCCAAGACGUGAACGAGUGCGCCACUGAGAAUCCCUGUGUGCAAACCUGCGUCAACACCUACGGCUCUUUCAUCUGCCGCUGUGACCCAGGAUAUGAACUUGAGGACGAUGGCGUUCACUGCAGUGAUAUGGACGAGUGCAGCUUCUCUGAGUUCCUCUGCCAGCACGAGUGUGUGAAUCAGCCCGGCACGUACUUCUGCUCCUGCCCCCCUGGCUACAUUCUGCUGGAGGACAACCGAAGCUGCCAGGAUAUCAACGAGUGUGAGCACGGAAACCACACGUGCAACCUGCAGCAGACUUGCUACAAUUUGCAGGGCGGCUUCAAGUGCAUCGACCCCAUCCGCUGCGAGGAGCCGUAUCUUCGGAUUAGCGACAACCGCUGUAUGUGUCCUGCUGAGAAUCCUGGCUGCAGAGACCAGCCCUUCACCAUCUUGUACCGGGAUAUGGAUGUGGUGUCGGGACGCUCCGUUCCUGCUGACAUCUUCCAAAUGCAAGCCACGACCCGCUAUCCUGGGGCUUAUUACAUUUUCCAGAUCAAGUCUGGCAAUGAGGGCCGAGAGUUCUACAUGCGGCAAACGGGUCCCAUCAGUGCCACCCUGGUGAUGACACGCCCCAUCAAGGGGCCCCGGGACAUACAGCUGGACUUGGAGAUGAUCACUGUCAACACCGUCAUCAACUUCAGAGGCAGCUCUGUGAUCCGACUGCGGAUAUACGUGUCGCAGUACCCGUUCUGAGCCGCGGGCUAGGGGCCCUGACACUGCCUCUCACCAGCACCAAGGGGACAGGAGAACGGGAGGAACGAGGGGGAGAGUGGAGUGAGGUGGAGGUGCCGCUUCUCUUGCUGGCGGCCCCCAAGGAGACGGCCCUGUGUCCUGACCCUGCCUGUGGCGUGGCGGCCCCGUCACUCCAAGGGCCAUGCUUCCCCCACUCCUUACAACACAGUUAUUGGAAAGUAUUAUCGGCACCUGACCUGAGAUCCACGGUGAUUUUUCAAGGUCUUCAGUUUAUUUUCAUAUUUUCGAAGGAAAUAGGUGAGGUUCGCGGGGGUCUGGGUCCUCGUUCAGAAGACUGUGAACAGCUUCCUGCCACCUCCUGUCGCCUUCCUGCUUGUCUCUGGCUCGUUGCUGCCUUGCCGGGUCCCCCCGAACCCCGGGACGUGGGCCGUAGCUAGUUUGCUUCUUGUCCGUGCAGAGGAGGAUGGCAAGAAACCCCAGCGGGAUCUAAGGGCUUUUAUAGAGUCUAUUUCAAAACCACAUGUGGUAUUUUCAGCCAGAAAAGAAGUUGUUGUUUUCUUUAAGUUUGUGUAACUGUUUAAUCCUUUCUUGUGCAUUUUGAGUAUUUUUUAAAGAAAUUAAAUGAUAGAAUUCCUUAAAAAGGCCUUAAGACACAUGUUAUGUUCUAACUUCCCAAACCCAGUCUCCUCUCCUGUUUAGCCCAAUGUUCUCUUCGAGGAUCCCUUAACCAUGCUUUCUUUAGAAUUUUUACCCAACUGGGUUGGAAGGCAGAGGUCUCUAAACAGAUUAAAUAUUUGAAGAGAU